AUGGCCUCAAAACCUGUAUACCCUGUUCUCCCGCAAACCUUGCUCAUCAUUUCCUUGAAAAUGUACUUCACCCCCUCUCGGACUCUCGACUAUCUCCACGCAUUGCUCGACCCAAAGAAUGAAAUCGUCCGGCCGGAAAACAGGGCUAAACUCCUGCUGGCCUUGAUACCCGACUUCCUAACUGUCUACCCCUGCGCUCAAAUUAUCCAAGACUACGAGUCUAAACUAAUCGCUCAAUCUGAUGAUACCACCCUCCCACCCCCCGUCCUACUAGGCGCUCAGGACUGUUUCUGGGAGUCGUUGGGUGCCUACACCGGUGAGGUUUCUCCCCUCGCCCUGCGCUCCGUCGGCGCCUCCAUCGUGGAACUGGGCCACGCCGAACGCCGCUCCAUCUUCCACGAGACAGACGACGAAACCGCCCGCAAGGCCGCUGCCACCUCGGCACACGGCAUGAUACCCCUCGUAUGCAUCGGGGAAAUCACCGCCCCGGGCCCCGUCGCAUCAGAAGCCGUCGGCCGUGCAGUAAGUGAAUGCGAAGUCCAAGUUCGCGCCGUCUUAAGCGCCAUCCCCGCCGACGCACCCGUCAUCUUCGCCUACGAACCUGUCUGGGCAAUUGGGAAACCCGCCCCCGCGGGCGUCGACCACGUCUCGGCCGUCGUGGAUGGCAUCAGAGCGGUAAUUGGGAAACACGAGGGUGAUGUCCGUGUCUUGUAUGGGGGAAGCGCGGGGCCCGGGCUAUGGGGUCAGGGAGGUCUUGGAAAGGCCGUCGAUGGUAUGUUCUUAGGCCGAUUCGCGCACGAAAUUCCUGGUGUCCAGAAAGUCGUCAAGGAAGUUGGGGAAACUCUGGGUGUUUGA